GGAAAAAGAAACUGCAGUGAAUAAUUUUGAGCUACAACAGCGAUACAAUUUUCUCUCUCUCUCUCUCCUCAAACAAACAAGUGAAUCUGAAUCCUUGUUCUCCCUCCAAUAAACCCUAGCGCCACUAACUCGUUUUUCUUCUUCCUCUUUCACCUCAAUUCCGAGUUCCUCUAUUGUUCUCGUUUUUUUUUGUUUGAAACAGAGGUUUCUUGUCAUCACCACCGCGCCGGAUUUCCCCUGUCGCCGUGGCCUACUUAUUCUUCAAGGGGAGAAAGAAGGAGUGUAAAAAUGCUGAAGUUCCUAUCGAAAGUGAAGAUCGAGUUCAAUGCUCUGGAUCCACGAAUGGCAUCGUGUAUGGAGUUUUUAGCGCAAUGUAACUCACGAAAGGCGAAGGAAUCGAAUCCUGCUUGUGAAGUAGAGGUAAAGCGUGGAAACGUGGAGCACCCGCCACAGAUCACCGUUACGUUUGUGAACGGUGUGGAAGAAGCAUUUGAUGCAACAUCGACGCCGGCUCACCAUAUAACGAAGAUGAUUCUGGAUAAGGGUCAACUUCUCGAGACUGAACAGAUGUUCCGUGAAGCAGGGGAGCAAUGGCCUGUUAUCAUCCCCGACGAGGAACUCUCCCAACAUGCACCUGGCACCAAACCAAGGAAAGCAGAGGAGAAGAAGCAAUAGCUGAAAAUUGUUGAGCAUAUUAACUGCCGGGAAUUGAUCUGGGUUUUGUCCUGUUUUAUCUUGUUUCCUUUUAGCUUGGCAAUGUGGCAUCUGAUCACUUUUGCAGCCUGUUUUGCUGUAUUUUAGGACUAAUUUAUUGAGUACAUAACUACAUGUGGUUUGCAUAAUAAUCGACAUCUCUGAAUUGCAGAGUUUUGAAACUGUAACCUUGUCAUGCUUUAAUUUGUUUGGUCAAGUUUACGCCCACAAAGUUCUGUGUGAAUGUUGUAGCUUUUCUAGUUU